AUGAACAGGGAUACGGCUAAAAGUAGAAAAACACGAUCUGCAUCAAUUUGUGCACCUGGAUUUUCAAGUAUGGAGCAAAUGUUGUCCACCGGAUCCACAUCCGAUAUGAAAGGAAAGGAUGAAAAGAAAGAACGUGAAGGAGAUAGUGGAACAGGAACUCCAGACAGUGGAAGUACUCCCACACGACGACGACGCCCAGCUACGAGAUCUCAAAGUGCUAGAGUAUCUGGGGGUAGUAAGAGUAUCCGACGUAAAGCUACUGCACAAGCUGCUAAUCAUCACUAUCAGCAGCAACAGCAUCAUCAUCAUCAUCAUCAGCAGUCACAGCAUCAGCACGGGGGAGGUAUGAAAUCCCCUCAUUGCAGCAGUGAACCGAGAUUGACCGACAAUGACGUAAGCCCAGGUCUUAGACGAAGGGGUAGCCGGCGAGGGCAGAGCAUGCAUCAUGUGCAUUACAGAAAAAGUAAUGCUUUUUUGGAUGUACCUGACAUUAAUGUUCAGCCUCCCCAGCGCCGGGAAGACGAAGACGAAGAAAGCUACAGAUUGAGAAGUUUCAGUUUAACGAGCAAAGGCGUCGUGAACAGAGGCGAUUCAUUUCGAAGAAGACGAUCGAGGUCUAAUUCAUUGGCUCUUAACGAUACCGAAGUUGACACAAAAUCUGCACAACCAGCAAAAAAAGUUAUUUCUUACACGGUUGGCAUGCUUGGAGCACGUGGAGUAGGAAAGACUGCACUCAUUAGUCAGUUCAUGACCAGCGAAUGCAUCAACGCUUAUGAUCGCCAAAGAGAUGAUGUACCCAGUGAACAAUCAGUUUUCGUCAUGUUGAACGGUGAAGAGAGUGAAUUGAAGUUCGAGAAUAUAACAAAUUUAAAGACCGAGUUGGACCAAAUACCUGAAGUAGAUGCUUUUAUCAUAAUGUACUCUGUCAUUGAUAAAGCCUCUUUUCAACGAGUUGAAGAGUAUUUAACUCAACUCCACGAUCGGGAUCUUCUACGCACUCAUCCUGUUAUUCUUGUGGGUAACAAGGUUGAUCUUGUACGGUCAAGAGCGGUCUCAAUACAAGAUGGAAAGUGCAUCGCUUGUACCUAUCGUGCCAAGUUUAUAGAAAUAUCAGUAGGAAUAAAUCAUAACGUCGACGACUUGCUCGUGGGUAUUCUGAACCAGAUACGCUUGAAAAGUCGUUAUUUGGAGAGCAAGGGAGCAAAUAGUGGCAGUAGUGAGAAUCCUAAUGCCCAUUGGUAUAAAUCAAGAGGUGUCAUUCGAGCAAGUAUGAAAGCACGGCAAAUGUUGACGUGGCUGUUUGGUAAAGAAAACAGUAAAUUUAAAAAUUGUGAAAAUUUACAUGUGUUAUGAAUUUUAACAUCAUCUAUGGUACUAUCUUGUGUCUGCAUUCAAUGGCCUUUGGAUAAGAUUCAAAAUUUCUGCCAUUGUGGGACAACGAUUCAAGUCGAAAUUCAUUACUGAUUGACACAUCAGUAAUUGAAUGAAAUUCAUAUAUUUUGAUAUCAUUUGUAUCACGUAUCACAUAAAUUCUCUUGUAGCAUAGUAAUUACUAGAGACGUAUUUAUAGGCGGUGAUAAUAUAAAAGAUUCAUUCUAUGUUUAUUGCGAAUAGAAUUAUAUUCCGUCAGUAAGAGGAAUAUGUUUAAAAAAGAUUCACUUCUCAUCAAAGUUUGUUGACCUUCAUCAAUGAUUUCACGAGUAAUAUGAAUAUCAAAAGGAUGAUAAACAAAAAAAAUCUGUCUUCCUGCAAUAUACAUUAUCAUAAAGUGCCGAAUCAAUAACAACAUUGAAAAUAAACUUCUUGAGAGAUUAGUGUCAAGUAGACUGAGAUUUGAUUCCCUGAGAAGCAAACUGAAAUCAAAAUUUUAAAAGAAUUGAAAAAAAAAAACAAAAUACAUUUCCCUUGUGUGUUCAAGAUCUUGAUGUGAAAAGUAGUUGAUACGAACUUAUUUUUGUGUAAAUUCCAUAACUUUUCUUUUUCAUAAUUUUUGAUUAUAAUAUAAAGACAAUCAAGUUCGAUCCUUUUUUAAAGGAACGUAAUAUCAAGUGGAAUUAAUGAAAUUGGAAGAACCAGGGUUCUUAGAAUCCUUUUUAUAGGUGUUAUAUUUAUAAAUCCUUGUAUUGAACCACGGAUUGCUAAUUUAUUGGUAAACCAAAGAAUAAGAGCAUUAUAUAUUAUUGUCAGUUUUUUAAUAUUAAAAAAAUUGCAAUUGAUAAUAAAAUUAUAUCCAAACAAAAAC